GAAUCCGCCGCAUUACACUGCGCGGACGCAUUGCUAGCGCGUGUGCAAACAAACAAACAGACAUACUUCGAAUAGUGAUGUGACACGUCAUAAUGUCCAGUGACAGUUCGAUAGCGACCAACACUAGUUCAAGGAUCAGACAAUUUGGAUUGUACAGGACCAUCGAUGCCAGGACUGAGGAGUUCUUGAAGCUGUCAAGGAAGAGACAGAUAAGGCAAGGAUGCGCCUGCGCAGUUAUAUCGACGGCAAUCACUGUUGCCAUCGUAGUGGUUAUUCUACUAAUCUACGAGUACGCGAUUGCAGUAGAAUGGAGCUUAGUACAAAACAAAAAACCAUAUCACAGAAGAAGUAAUAAUACGAUAAUAGUAAAUGAUACACCUGUUGCAGACAGGCUCGACCGAAGUUACUUCGGUUUUGACCAAGAUUACUAUGAACGAAUGCCACUCCUUGUUAAUGCUAUGCAAGAAAAUAGCUAUGUAGACCCUUCCAUAGAUACAACGAUACAAAAGAGAGGAAAAAAUAUCGAUAUGAUUUACCCGAAUCCGAAAAUAACGACAAACGAAGCAAAAUACGAGAAUUCUAUUAGAAGAACUAGUCCCAGACCAUUUAUAUACGAACAAAGAAGUCCUACACCUGUCCCUUUCAGUAAAACAUUUCGAUCAAAAAGCUGGGUCGAAAGUUACCGAAAUGCUGAAAGGCUGAAGAAUAUACAACAGGUUAUAAAAUAUUUAGAAAAGACGAUAAACGCAAAAGUUGGGGAUAUGCACGGACUUUCGCCUAGUACCCAAAUAGCUUUUUCUGGUGUUUAUGUUGAGCCUUAUCAUCAUGACAAUAAAGGACCUAAACAACCCCCUUCUAUAGAUUUGUUGUUAGAAAGUUCUAAUAAUAUAGAAACUAUAAAAUCAAGUCACCAGUCUGAUCCACUAUUUAAAUAUAAACCAGACAAUCCUAGUGAUGUAAAUUUGUUAGCUGAUAGUUAUUUACGUUUUUUGCCAACAGCAACACCUACUUUAUUUUCUAAAGAGUAUCCGAAAGUUCCAAUGUUCAGACCAAUCCCAGUUCCAAGUCAGAAGAAACCUUUUGACUUACUGCAGUCUUCUUCUUUAAACAACAAUUUUAAUACUAAUGAAAAUAAUAAUAAGGAUAAAGCAAAAACAUUUAGUGUUAUGUUAAACUUGUACCCUUUAUUGCCUUCAUUAUUAGACACUAAAGCAAAAAGAGUAGACUUUGGUAAAACAACGCAAUCUGUACCCAAUAAAAUUUAUAUUACUACUUCGCGUCCAUUAUUUCGUAGAAAGUCUAUUGUACGUCGUACUUCCGUCUCUAGUAAAAGGCCUCGUAUAUUUAAUAAUUACAAAACACCUAAGUAUAAUGAGGUUAUAUUCAGUUCUAAAGAUAAAACGGACCAUAGCGACUCCGAAGGAAAAUCCAAUAUGAUUGUUCAAGUCAAUGUUUAUCAAGCCGAUAAAACAUCCAAGUUAUAUGACAAAACAGAAAACAGUACAGAGUUUACAAUAAACAACAAUAAUCAGAAAAGAAUUACUCCUGUUACUGAUGUGCCUAUUCAAUUAUCAACAACUCAAGUUGAAGAUCGUCAUCUUGGUAGUUCUGGCGUAUUACCAGUACAAACUAGAUCAGAGCCACCACCAUCUCUACCAAUAGUUACAACAAUGAUUCCAUUUUUUGAUAUCACACCAACGACCACAAAUACAUGGGUAACGAAUCCUCCAGAUAUUAUAAAAUUUAGUCAUGAAGACGCUAAAAUCCCCGAUCAAUACAUAAACAUGCAAACAAAUAACUUUGGCAGUGACGCUAUUACAAUUGACAGACGCAGUUUUACAGUAGAUUUGGAUUCAAGCGAAAAAGAAUCCGAAAAAAGAACGCUUGUGGUAAAACUUAAAAAUAAUUCUGAAAAUGUAACUGAAGAGACAACUACACAUAAUAAAAUUAAAGAAGAAACAACUACGGAAAAUAUUAAAGAUACGACUACAAAAGAAUAUGAAAUAAGACACACAAAUGGCCAUUACCGUAAUAAAUUUAUUGCGAAACAAUGGCUAGACCCAAAUUCUGAAGCGAACAGAAAAAGAAGACUUCAGCUGUUAGCCAAAGGUUUUCGGCGACCAAGCUUUAAUUCGAGUUACGUAGAAAUUGAUAGAAGUAAUUCACAAAAAACUGAUUAGGCUAUUGCUAAAAAUGAUAUAGCGUAUACUUCAAGAUCAUAAAACUUGUAUAUAAUUAAGUACAUCCGAUUUUCCAGUGACCCACCGACUUUUGUAUAAUAAUAACAUGUGCUUAUUUGGAUACUUGAUGAUCACAAUGUCUAAU